AUGAUUAAAUGGCUAAAAAAGGAUGUGUUUAUGAUCGAGUCUAUUGGUGUUGCUUUGCAGUAUCUUGUCAAGGGAAACAAAGGCAUUUGUUUUCUCUCUGAUGAGGAACUUUCCAAACUUUGGGAGAUUGAAGAUAGUGAAGAAGUUGCAACGGGAAACAUGAAGGCCAUGUCACCAUGGUUAGAGGAGUUUUUGAAAGCUUUUAUCCAAGUUUUCUUUCAAUCGUCCCCUGAGAAACCUCUUGCUUUUGUAAAGGACACGAUUAGAUGCUUGACACUUGCUAUUGAAUCUUCAAAAGUAAAAGUGAUUUUCCUUUCGUCACUUAAGAAUGUUUAUGUAGAUGAAGGUAGACCUUCAAAUUUGAUACUGGAACUUGCAUCGUUGUUUGUUGGGGCAACUGGAGAUGAUUCCGAUGAUUUUAUAUACAAUUCCAUCGAAGAGUGUUUGAAGGAAGGGGAUGCAUAUGACGUGCUUUACAAAAUCUUGGUGGAAUCUUCCGACUUCAGAUCCUCAAAGUUUAAGCAAGUUGUGGAUUUAUUAAUUGGUUUGAAAUCCCCUAAGGAUAUAACUUCACUUAGAUGGCGGUUUUUGUGCUUCAAGAUGUUGGUAGUUCACUCAAUGGAGAUAUUUCAUGAUGGAAAGAACAUUUAUGGUAUUCGUAUGUUGUAUGAAAUCAUAGUGACGCCACAAGAUGAAAAAAGUAAAAAGGUGGCAGAUGAGAUCUUUUUAGAGACAAGUACCAUUUUAAAAAAAGAAUCAUCUCCAUCAAAACCAGGAAAUCAUCAAGGAUUCGUCAGCAUGAUAACGUUGUUCCUCUUUUGGAGUCCUUAUCACGUAAAAGCUCCUUCUCACGUAAAAGCUGAUGCAGUCUCUGCGUUAUCUUUACUUGUAUCUGAUGACCCAGAAAUCUGCCUUCUGAUACCAGAUGUUGUGCCAUCAAUCCUUGAAUUGCUGGAUAAGGAAGACGACAUACAAGUUGUAAAAAAGGUUUUAUGGUUCAUAGAGAACAUAGUUGUCAAUCUUCCAGUGAAAAAAUUGUUAGACUUGCAUGCUGAUAUUUUACGUGGGCUUUCUCCAUGGUUGAAUGUUUCUCAACAAAAUAUCACCUUAAAGGUGUCUGCCACUUUGAGGAUUAUUAGACAUAAAAUUCGUCAUAUACCACGAUCUAUGGACCCGCAAUUACCGAAAGGUGAUAAUAAUAAUAAUAAUAAUAAUAAUAAUAAUAAUAAUCUUUAG